AUGCUGGCCGUCUAUGGAUCACGUCAGCACCUUCCACAACAUCAUCCCACCUCGACGCUCCCAUCACCACCAUCACCACAACAGUUCUCGCUCGACCACUACCCCCAGCAACUGUCCGCGCAGCACUUCUUGAACCAAAAACUGCUCCACGACUAUCUCGAAUCGCAGCAGCAGUCGUUCGCGAAUCCGAACGUCGUCAUCGACUCGCAGAACGACCCGUACAUGACGGGCGCAUACGAUUUUUCGAACCCUGCCAUUAGGAUUCAGCAGUCGACUCCUACGCCGCAGCUUUCCUCGGGCUUUUCGCCGGCGUCGAUGCUGUCGUCGUCGAACGCCAGCGCCUCCGGUCUCGACAACUGGAAUACCUACAACAAUAGUCGGACGGGCAGGACGCACCAGCGCGCAUCGUCUUCCUCGUCGAUAGGAUCCAGCGGCUCGCAAUAUCAGACCGUUGCGCCGACUGCCGGCUAUCCGUACGUCGCUCACUCCGAGAAUUUGCCAUCCAGUUCAGCUGCCAUGGUUGAGUCAUCUAACAGCGCUGACGAAGCUUCAAGAGCCUUCUCCAACGUCUCGAACCAUCUACCGACGCCGACCCACACGCCUACUCAAGAUUCUUUCCAUAUGAAUCCGAACAACUUCAACACCUACGCUCCACACACUGCCGGCAUGGACCACACCAUGGCUGCACACAUGUCGAUGAAGCAGGCGCUCAUGGACCAGCACGUCCCAGAAGAGGAGGUACCUGGCUUCGGCCACUCAGCGAGGCACUCAGUCUCGAGCUACGGGCAUGACUCGCCGGCGACACCGCACACAGCGCAUGGAGACGAAAUGGAUUUCAAGAUGCCUCCUAGUGGUGAGACUCUCCGCAAGGUCGACUCGUGGCUGUUCGAUCAGUUCUUUACUUACGAUGAACCAGACCUGCGACAGCACACCGUGCCCAAGUUCGAAAGGACGUACACGGACGUGGCUGCCGACUAUUCAUACGACCCGAACACGGUAGUUGCGCAGACGCAAUCACUACCACAGGCCAAGCCAGUAAACACGCUGCUGUCGCCUUACCGAACCAGCAACCCGAACGACAUCAUCCAGCGCAGCCUGCAGGCAGCACAGAUUGCACGGUCACAGUCGCCGUCCAGCUCAGUGUCGCGGGGUGACUCACCAUUCCGACGCGGAUCGCCGUACCGUCAGCCCAGCAGCGCCUUCCAUCAGUCUCCUCGCAUGGCUGUCGGCACUGCGGCGGCGGCACGUGAGCAAAAGGUUGAGGCUGAUGCGGCUUACGCAAUGAAGUCGCAAAUGGCAUCAAGCGAAGAGGCUCAACCGAAGACCAUCUCACCAAAGGAUGCGCUAUUGGACUACCGGGAAGCUGACGACGAGUCGAAGGUGCCAUUGUUCCCGGAAAGUGGCGCAAGCGAGUACGACCACCAAUACAACAGUGGCGACCAAUAUAGAAACGCCACCCAAUCCACCUUUGACACAACAUCGGGGCAGUCAUACCGAAGAGACAGCUGGGCGACACCGCAGUUCUCAUCAAACUUCCCGACAUCUGCUGCAGCAACAUCGCAGCCAUCCUCGACUUUCGCCUUUGCUCAGCCGUCGAUAACGGGGCCCAUGCACGGCCUGCCUUUCGCCUCUACAUCGCAGUACCGCCCAACACCCAGCAUGCCGGCUGCAUCCGAUCAGACCCCGGAGUUUCCGGCGCAUCUCACCUCGAUGGAGUCAAGUGCGAGCGAGGCUGGGCCUGAACCAGGCAACCAGUCAAGCGAGCGCCUUCAGAAGCCUGCGGACUCAAGCGCCGACACUGGUACAUACACCUGCACUUAUCACGGCUGCACGCAGCGUUUCGAAACUCCGCAGAAGCUGCAGAAGCACAAGCGCGAGGGUCAUCGCAAUGCCGCAAACAUCGGUUCCAGCAUGACAUCAGCGGCUGUGUUGGAGCGCAACUCGCAAGCGGGGCCUCACAAGUGCGAGCGCAUCAAUCCCACGACGGGCAAGCCCUGCAACACCAUCUUCUCGCGGCCCUACGACCUCACCAGGCACGAAGAUACGAUUCACAACGCGCGCAAGCAAAAGGUGCGAUGUGCACUGUGCGUCGAGGAGAAGACAUUCUCGCGCAACGAUGCACUGACGCGCCACAUGCGCGUUGUCCAUCCUGAGGUCGACUUCCCCGGCAAGCACAGGCGCCGCGGGGGAAACCACGACUGA